UUCAUCUAUCUCUCCCCAGCCCAAAUUCACAUAACCCACAUAAAAAAAAAACACCUUAACCUACCACACACACCCGACACCCCCCCCCCCCCGCUAUAAGUUGGUCACGAUUGUAGUUGAUCAAUUCGUGCUGCAGCAGUCUUUCAAGUCCGGCAAUUUUCGGGUAUGACAAAGGUAUAUCCAAAUGCAAACACAGCUAUUGCCGCGGCUGCUUCCUUUGAGAAACUGAUCAACCCGUGUCCGAGUUCGGAUGGGAACCCUGUGGUUCUGACUGUCUGGAAGAAAUCGUUGCUUUUCAAUUGCAAUGGGUUCACGGUGUUUGACGCCACGGGCAAUUUGGUCUUCCGCGUUGACACUUACUGUAGUGGAAGCAAGGGCGAGAUCAGUCUCAUGGACGCCUCCGGCAAAUCCCUCCUCACCAUCCGCCGCAAGAGGCUGAGCCUAUCGGACAACUGGCUUAUCUACAACGGAGAAACGACCGUGAAUCCAAUUCUCUCCGUUCGGAAGCAGGUGAACCGCCUCAGCUCGAAAUCCUUAGCUCACGUGACCUCAGGUUGCGCCAGCAGCAGCGGCAAUGGAUCAAGUCCCGUUUCCUCACCGAAGAGCCCCUUAUACGACAUACAGGGCUCAUACCCUCAGAGGUGCUGCGCCGUGUACGACGGCGACAGGCGUCGAGUGGCGGAGAUCAAGCGGAAGGAGCCCGGGGUCGGUGGCGUGGCUUUCGGCGUCGACGUGUUCCGUCUCGUCGUGCAGCCGGAAAUGGACGCCGCCGUCGCCAUGGCCCUCGUGAUCUUGCUUGACCAGAUGUUCGGAUCCUCGAAACGCUUCUCAAUUUGAAGUCCCCCGUGUAUAUGCAGUUAUAUGUGUAUACUUACAUAUGGGUAUACAUACACUAAUCCAGCCCUUAGCAGCAUCAUAUUUGACUCUGAAUUGUAUCGGCAGCCAUGGGCGCCAUGUCUUUAUAUUUUCCUGUUACUUUUUGUUGCUAUUGGAAGAGAGAUAUUCCCCACCCAACCCAACUCAUCCCUGAUUGUUUGUUCUUCUUUUCUUGUACUUAUUUUAUUUUAUUUUAUUUUGGAGCUUGGUUUUUUCCUUUUAUACAAAAGACCAAGCUUGGAGGAGGUGAGGUGUAUGUAAAUUUUUUGAAAAACUAAAAAAAAAAACUUCAAUGAAAAUAAUUGGGUGACUCA